AUGCUCAAGGCUGCCCUCCUCCUCGUGCCCGCCGCCGCGCUGACGGACGAGUCGCUCUUCGAGCUCUUCAAGUCCGACUACGUCAAGUCCUACAACAGCACGGAGGCCGAGGCCGAGCGCUUCACGAUCUUCUCGGCCAACCUGCGCAAGACCGAGGCCCUCAAUGCCCAGCGCGUCGACGAGGACGACGCCGAGUUCGGCGUGACCCAGUUCAUGGACCUCACGGAGGCUGAGUUCAAGGCCCAGUACCUCAACUACGUGCCCUCGGAGCAGGUGCUCGCGGAGGACGUCUACGCGGCGCCCGAGGGCUUCGCCGCGCCGGGCAGCCUCGACUGGCGCACGAAGCAGUCCGGCGUCGUCAGCGACGUCAAGGACCAGGGCCAGUGCGGCUCGUGCUGGGCCUUCUCCGCGACGGAGCAGAUCGAGUCCGAGUGGGUGCUCGCGGGCAACGACCCGCUCGUCUUCGCCCCGCAGCAGAUCGUGUCGUGCGACAAGGUCGACCAGGGCUGCAACGGCGGCAACACGGAGACGGCCUACGCCUACGUCGAGAAGGCCGGCGGCAUGGCGCUCGAGUCCGCCUACCCCUACAAGAGCGGCACGUCGGGCAACACGGGCCGCUGCAAAAAGUUCGAGACCGCCGGCGGCGACGUCGAGUCCUUCUCCUACGUCGUCCCCGAGUGCAAGAAGGGCAAGUGCAACGACCAGGACGAGGACAAGAUGGCCGCCGCGCUCGCGAGCCACGGCCCGGCCUCGAUCUGCGUCAACGCGGGCGCGUGGCAGACCUACACCAAGGGCGUCAUGACGAACCUCCAGUGCGGCUCCCACGCGGCCAACGCCCUCGACCACUGCGUCCAGGUCGUCGGCUACACGGGCUACACGGGCGACGCCAAGGCCUGCGGCAAGGGCCUCAAGGACAAGUGCGUCUGGAACGUGCGCAACUCCUGGGGCACGUCCUGGGGCUACCAGGGCUACAUCCGCGUCCAGAUGGGCAAGAACGCCUGCGGCAUCGCCAACGACGCGACCUUCGCCAAGGUCAAGUAG